AGGAUGAAACUCUGGCUCGCGUUGAUUUGGAGAAUAACAUACAAAGUUUACGCGAAGAAUUGACAUUCAAAGAUCAAAUCCACAUACAGGAAAUGAAUGAAACACGCUCACGCCGUCAAGUAGAAAUUAGUGAAAUAGAUGGCCGUUUGACCGAACAAUACGAGGCCAAAUUACAGCAAUCUCUGCAAGAAUUGCGCGACCAAUAUGAGGGUCAAAUGCGUGCCAAUCGCGACGAGAUCGAACUACUGUAUGAACAAAAGAUUAAAAACUUGCAAUCGGCAGCAAAUCGCAAUUCAAGUGCUGCUUCGAGUGCUAUAGAAGAGUUACGUUCUACGCGCACUCGCAUUGAUGCGCUCAAUUCACGCAUUGGCGAAUUGGAGUCGACAAACAAUGCACUGACUGCACGCAUACGAGAGCUGGAACAGUUGUUGGACCGUGAACGUGCACGCUAUAAUGCGGAUAUUGCCAAUUUGGAUGCAGAAUUGCAGCGUUUACGGGACGAGAUGGCACUACAAUUACAGGAGUAUCAAGAUUUGAUGGACAUCAAGGUCUCAUUGGACUUGGAAAUUGCCGCCUAUGACAAGUUGUUGUGCGGUGAGGAAUCGCGGUUGAACAUCACACCACAUACAUCUACCGCUUCCGGUUCCUUCAGUCAAAGUUUACGUGGCACACGCGCCACGCCAAUACGCAAAACACCAUCACGUGGCGCUUCUACAGUGCCGCUUAAACGAAAACGCACAGUCAUCGAUGAAUCAGAGGACCUCAGUCAAUCUGAGUACUUUGUAACUGGCAGUGCAAAGGGCGAUAUUGAAAUUUCUGAUGUUGAUCCGGAGGGAAAAUUCGUAAAAUUGCAUAACAAAGGCAACAAGGAGCUACAAAUCGGCGGUUGGCAAUUAAUUCGUACCGCUGGCAGCAAUGAGACCUCAUUCAAGUUCCAUCGCACGGUCAAAAUUGAUGCCGGCGCUGUGGUAACUGUAUGGUCUUCCGAUGCUGGCGCGACACACGAGCCACCAACUAAUAUAGUAAUGAAAACACAAAAAUGGUUUGUUGGCGAUAACAUGAAGACAUCACUGUUCAAUGGUGACGGCGAAGAAGUAGCUGGCUCAGAACGUCUAAAACGCACAAUCGUAACGCAUUCUUCACGUCAUCGCGCCUAUGGCGGCCGUUUAGGCAUCUCGUCGGUGGACGGUGUUGGCCAUGAGGAACUUUACCACCAACAAGGUGAUCCACAGCAGGGAGAUGAAAAGUGUCGUCUCAUGUAAAUGUGUAGUUCAAAAGGAAAAAAAAAA